AAAUGAAAGUGCCAGUUCAAAUGUUUAGUUUUCUCCUCAAUCAAAAUACAAUACUUAAUUAUAACAUGACUUAAAAUUUCAACGAUAAUACAGUACAAAAAUGAUAAAUUUAUAUAAAUAUCUCCAACAUAAUGUAGCUUUUACUCGUUAGCUUUAUCUCUUAGCUUGGAAGUGUAUCAAAGAGGGAGAGAGAGUCUAUGACGAAACUGAAAGAGCUAAUAGGGAUAAUGAAGGACAAAGCUUCACAAGGCAAAGCUGCGAUUCUUUCUAAACGAAUAACACUCUAUCUCCUUCGUGCCACCAGCCACGACUCUUUCACCCCUCCAACCCAUAAACACAUCUCCACGCUCCUUUCCUUUGGUGACGGUUCACGCGCCACUGCUUCCGCCGCCGUGGAGCUUCUCAUGAACCGGCUUCAGACCACCCAGAAUUCUGCCGUGGCCCUCAAGUGUCUCAUCGCCGUCCACCACAUCAUAAAGCAUGGUACCUUCAUCCUAAAGGACCAACUUUCCGUGUUCCCCUCCAGUGGUGGCAGAAACUACCUUAACCUCUCCAAUUUCCGCGACAAAAGCACUCCAAUCUCGUGGGAACUCUCUUCCUGGGUACGAUGUUACGCUAAACACGUGGAACAGCUUCUCUGCACGAGCAGAAUCCUCGGAUUUUUCCUCAGCGGAGAAACAAACGAUGCUCCGGAAACGCGAGAAGAGAGAGCUUCGGGUCUUACCAACGGUGAUUUAUUGAGAGAGACGGAAGCGUUGUUGGUGUUGAUUGAAGGAGUUGGGGAAAUACCCGAAUCUGGUUCCGUUGAGGAGAACAAAUUGGUGGGUGAGAUUGUGGGUUUGGUGGAAGAAGAUGGGGUUGCGGCGUUGAGUGAGGUGUGUGUGAGAGUGAACGAGUUCAGGGAGAGAUUGGGGUGCCUCUGUUUUGGGGAAGUUGUGGAAUUGGUUUACGCGAUGAAGAGAUUGGAAGGGUGUAAGGAGAAGAUUGCGAUGAUGAAGGUGAUGGUUGAGGUUGCAGAGAAAAUGAGAAUGUGGGAUUCAGUGAGAGAAUUGAAGGAGAAGGUUGAGAACAUGGAAGAAGGGAAACUUUACAGAAGAAAGGUCACAAGACACGUGUCAGAUCGUUUUGCUGUUGCGGUUCUUAGUUCUGUUGAUUUGGUCCAGUUUCGUUCUACAAGGUUCUGGUUUGAAAGUGAUGAUUUGUAAAUAAAAUUUUUUGAAACUUUUUUUUUUUUGGUUGGGAUGUUGUAAUUUAAAUUAGUUCCCCUAAAAAGGUAGAGGGAGAGGAAAGAAAAUUUUAGAAUAAGUUGCAAUUAAUGAUAAUUUUAAAAUUUUGAUUUUUAAUAGACUUGAUCUCGUAGCAUUAUAUGGUACUGUAGAUGAUGAUAGGAAAAUUGAAAUAGCCUGUUUUUACUUUUGACCAUAAUGAGAUUGAAUCUGGUUUGA